AUGAGACGGACACCGACGGCUUUCCAAGAAGUACUCGGGCUCUCCUCCGCGUUGGUCCAGAUCAUCGACUUCAGCAUCAACACGUUGCGAAAAGACCACAACAUCUACCAACCCGAAGACGCAUCCACAACACCCGUUGAAAACGCACUCAUCCUGCAAAAUAUCAUCAACAAUCUCUACAGACUAACCGACGCCGUCGACCAAAGCGAAUUGAAAAAACUCCAGGCUGACAAGGCGGAAAAGCGCAAAUCCACCAAACUCAGCGAUGCAGCCCAACAGCUCCUCAAACACAGUGAAGACGUCAAACUCCUCGUCGAAGGGCUAAGAGAUGCGUUGAUAUCUGCGCAAGCCCGGGGCACACCCGAAGAUCCAACAUGGCAGACCGCACGAGACGCCCUAAUGGCCGGCCCGUGGAAGAAAAAAGACGUCACCAGCACCAAGAAGAAACUGCGCGCCCUGCGCCGCGAAAUCGACACCUCGCUGCUCCUCGCGCUGCGCCAGUACCUGGACCAAUCCAUGGAAACGGGCCUGCCCGUGUUUGCAAAAGACGGCUCGGACGUGCCGCUCACGCACUGGGAGAAAUGGCAGAACGACGCGCUCGACGCAAUCCAUGCGAAUGAUUGGAAACCGAGCAAGAAGAAGAAUGUCGACGAGUUCGCCAAGAUUGUGGAUCUGCUGGUGACGGUGGAAAAGGAGGAUUAUUUCUGCGAGGGGGUGUUUGGGAAACUGCGGUUUGGCGAGGCGGAGGAGAGGAUGUGUGCGGUUGAGGGGCCGGCGGAGGGGAGCAUGAGGUGGGUUUUUGAGGAUGAGCGGAUGGGCGAUGAGGGCGGGUUGUUGGAGUGGUUUGGCAAUGUGCGCGGCGAGAAUCUCUUCUGGAUACGUGGGAAGCCAGGGUGUGGCAAGACGACGCUGACGCGGCAUCUUUUCCGGAACGCGCAAAUCUUUGAUUAUCUGGAAGCGUGGUCGGGCACGGCGCCGGGCAUCACAGCGGCGUUUUUCUUGUGGAACGCGGGGACGGAGUUGCAGAAGAGUGGCGUGGGGUUGCUACGGAGUAUACUCUAUGAGAGUCUGCAGGAUAUGAUCUAUGGCCCUUUGGAGCAGGAUCAGGGGAUUAUUCAGUGGCUGUUUGCGGAUAGGUGGCAGCAGUUUACGAGCUAUGGGGGAGGGCUGCAUGACUUUACGUUCAAGGAGCUGACUAAGGCGUUUGGACUUAUGGUCUCGGAUGUGAGCAAGAAGUUUAUGUUCAUGGUGGAUGGGCUGGAUGAAAUAGACGAGUAUCCGAGCGAGCUUGUUGAAGCGAUCAUCAGCGCGGCGAAGAAGGAUAACGUCAAGAUCAUCGUGUCGAGUUGUGACAGCCCGGAACUGGAAACAGCAUUUGAAGGAAGGCCGAAUCUGGUGCUGGAUGAGUGGACGAAGAAGGACGCGGCAUCCUACAUUAUGAACACUUUCGACAAGACCGAGACGCUGGUUACCAUGCGGCGGAGAUCCGACAACGUGGAGGAAAUGAACGUCAUCAACACCUUAGCGGAAAAGGCGAAUGGAGUCUUUCUCUGGGCAAAACUAGCCACCGACUUUAUGAUCCAAGGGACAAAAGAAGACGACACUUUCACAGCCAUGAGGUUUCGCGCAGGAGAACUACCGGACACACUCGAUCUCCUAGUUCCAGUCAUUGUCGCAAGCAUGACUCCCGAAGAGUCCGAGCAACUCUGGAAAGUCGUCACUCUCCUCGAAAGCCACACAACCGCCUGUCCAGGUCUCCUCCCCCUCUCCUUUGCCCUCACAUCCGACCUGAAAGCCACCAUCGCCGCAGACACCCGGCCGCUCAAAACCGCCGAGUCAACAAAACGCGUCGACGAGAUGCGCACCAUACAAAAGCCCUGCAAAUCCCUCCUCGCCAUCGUCGACACCUCAUCCCUCGAAGACCCCUCGACAAGAGGCAAACCCCGCUCUUUAAAACUCACAUACACGCACCGCACAAUCCGGCCCCUACUCUCCACCCUCCCCGCCCCCACCGACACAACCUUCAACCCCACCCUGCAAUGGUCCCUCGCCCACCUGUGGACGCUUAAAACCCUCCCCGCCCCUUCAAAAAUCUGGCCCCCGCUGGCAUCCUGCAUAAACGCCUCCCUGCUGCUCUUCUCGCAGUCUUCCACAAACACCUUCCCCCUCACAUACCUCGACGCCGUAGCCUCCACCGCCCUCACACAGCACUCCAAACUCCCCUCCUUCCCCUCCACGCCCCUAUCCACAUUCCUCGACCUCGCGGUCCUACUCAACAUACACCCGUACAUUGCGCUGAAGACGAAAAGCGCAGAGAAAAAAGACGUGCGCCACGCGAUUGAGUUUUCCAGGAAUGUGCGGAAGAGGUGGGGACGGGGUGGGCAGGAGGAGUGGAUUGGAGGGGAAGGGAGGGCGGAGUUGAGGAAGUGGUGGGAGAAGGAGAGGAUGGAGGUUGAUGCUAUGUUGGAGUAUUAUGGGAAGACGGUAAGGUUUGGGAGUGCGAAGAUGUGGGUGGACACGCCCGAGUGGGAGUAA